CAGACGCCCGCUCAUCGGGCUGCAAGCCUCAGAACCCUAUUCCUCACACGGCUUGCCAAUUCUGCUCGCAGCCAUAUUUUGGCGGUGCGUGGAGCUCUUGACGAUAGAGGAUGCUGGGGUGCUCGCGGUCCGCUGGCCUCCGGCCGGGGACCAGCGCCUCGUCUUGCUCGGGCUCAAGCGGGGCCGCUUGGCGCACACGCACCUGUGGGGGGGAGUUGCGCAGUGCCCCCUGGGCUGCGGCGUCGCCGGAGGGGUCGGCCGCUGCCGCCGGCUGUUGCAGCAGCUCGCCCAGCAGCGCCGUCUGCGCCGCCUCGCGCCCCCUGUCGCGGCGACACCUACAGCAGCACCAGCGGCCGGGGGCUCGCGGCGUGGCGUGCGACGCCUACGGGCGAGGAGGCCGAGGGAGCGGCGGCAGCAGUGACCCCAACUAUUACGAGCUGCUAGGACUGGAGCCGGACUGCGAUGAGGAGGACAUCAAGACUGCAUUCCGCCGGCGAGCCAAGGAGCUGCAUCCCGACGUCAACAAGGAGGACGGUGCCACGGAGUCGUUCGUGCGGCUGAGCCGCGCCUACGAGGUGCUGUCUGACCCGGAGGCCCGCCGCCAGUACGACAUACAGACCUCCACGCGCCGCUUCAACUUCUUCAGAGACGUGGUGGAGACUGCAUUCCGCCGGCGAGCCAAGGAGCUGCAUCCCGACGUCAACAAGGAGGACGGUGCCACGGAGUCGUUCGUGCGGCUGAGCCGCGCCUACGAGGUGCUGUCUGACCCGGAGGCCCGCCGCCAGUACGACAUACAGACCUCCACGCGCCGCUUCAACUUCUUCAGAGACGUGGUGGAGGAUGAGGACGACGUGCGCCGCAGCCCCUUCAAGUGGUCCCAGGUGAGCCGCCGCCAGGGCGGCAGCAGCGGGCUGCGUCCGGACGACGAUGACGCCGAGGACAGCGAGGGCGCCGAAGACAGCGACGACGAUGAGGAGGAUGAGAAGGAUGAGAAAAGCCAGCAGGCGGGCGAGGGCGAGGGCGAGGGCGAGGAGGAUGAGCAGGGCCCGGGCUGGCAGCGGCGGCGCAGUCCGGAGGAGUUCCUGGAAGACCUGGCGCGAGCCAUGGGUGGCGCCGGCUCGCUACGUGACUUCCAGAGCGGGCGCCUCGACCCCUGGGGCACCAGCAGCUCGGACAGCUGGUUCCGCCAGGUGGAGCGGCAGACGCACAGUCCGUACGGCCCGUACAGGCAGGGGUACGGCAGCUCGCGCGACGACGACGACGGCGGGGGAGCUCUUGGCCGGGAGUGGGACCCCAGCCGCCGUACGCCGGGGUGGACGCCGCCGGGCCGGGGCAGCGAGUGGGACCACCCGCGGCGGCAGUGGGAUGAGGAGGACCGCCGCGGCGGUGGCCCGGGGCGGCAGGGCGGAGGCGGAGGCGGUGGAGGCGACUUCCGGCGGCCUUUCAAGAUCUGAGCCGCUGUUGCGCCGUUGAGGGUUGAAGGGAAGCGCA